GUAAAAACAAACAGAAGAAGUUGAGUUCCCUUCAGCAUUUCGAGGCGACACCAACAGUCAGAGGAACCGAGCCGACGCCGAAUUCAGCAGGAGGAUGAGAACCUCCGGACGGGCAGUUUGUUGAGCUUUAGCGCGUCGAUCCCCGCAAAGGAGUCCGUCAUGAUCGCCGUUUUCCUGGUCUGCCUUCUGUCGUGGUGCCGCAGCAGCGCUGUGGCGACAGCGCUGCCCCCCCCACAAGACCUGACUAUGGUGGCCAUCAACACUAAUUACACUUUAAGGUGGAACUACAAGCAGAGCGCUGCCUUGCCCAACCAGGUCACCUUCACCACAGAGUUUAUCUCGAAGUACAUGCUGACAAUCAAAAAGAAGCCCCCGGUUUGGAAACCGGCAUGUAAAGAGUCACCGGAGCACUCCUGUGAACUCACAAGCUUCGACUUGUAUUAUUUCAGCAUUUACAAACUCCGGGUGCGAGCCAGUGUCAACGGCAAUCACUCUGCUUGGGCAUUUAAGGAGUUCUGUCCUGAUAAAGACACUGGAAUUGGCCCUCCCUCCUCCGUGAAACUGACCCUUGCUGGAUAUAGCCUGGAGGUUUCCAUUGUUGACCCCUUGACCAGCACCAACAGCUCCAUGAAAGAUUAUAUGGCGGACUUGUCCUACAACAUUUGUUACUGGGAACGGCAUGAAGAUGAGGAGGCUUUGAUCAUGGAAACCAUCUCCACCAACUCAAAUGUGGUGGCUUUAUCUGGCCUGAAGCCUCUGACCUGGUACUGUGUCAGGGUCCAGUCAUACACCAAAUACUACAACCGUUCCAGCAGCUUCACCUCGCCGCUCUGCAUGAAGAAUGACGGACAUGCUCCUUGCUGGCAGAUCUUGCUAAUCUUCAUGGCUUUCCUGGUCAUCGUCGUCCCUCUCGUGGUGCUUUUGGCCGUCGGCUCCUUCAGAUGCAGCCGAUUUUGGAAGUCGGUGUUUCACCCGGAGUUGCCCUCCUUCCUCAUAGAGUCUCGCCGCGACUCGACCGGAGGGAGAAGUCCCCAGCUCAUCACCAUGAGUAUUGAGUCGGAACGGCUGUGUGACAACAUGACAGUCUGCCCGAAGUCCUCAGUGCUGGAAACGCUCAGUCUGCUUAAGGAGUCAGCAGCGCCCCCUUUAGGCCUGAACCCAGAUAGCAGAGUCCUCCGUCAGAGCAGCAACAACAGCAGCAGCAGCAGCACAGACUCUGGAGUUUACUCCACAGCCGGCACAUCCGGCACCCUGCAGCUCAGCGGUGUUCCAGCCAUCACAGCCGGUGUCAACAGCGCCGUAGACUUUCUGCCGGUGGAACUCAAGGACAUAGAGGCGGGGCUUCACACGUGCUUCAUCAAUGCAGACGAGGGCAUCAGUGAAAGCUGAGGAGAAAACUGUUCCACACAGAAGAAGAAGGCUGAGACAUAUACUCUAUAAGAAGCAACUCUUUGCUCCCUCCUGUAAAUAAAAUCCCAGAAUGCACUGCUAUGGCCAGAGUCCAAUCUGAAAAAAGACAGCAUUCAAAGCUGUCUGUGUCACGUCUAAAUUUCUGCAUACACGUUAGAUUUCUGCAGCUUUAGGAACUUCACGUUUAUCUACAGUUUUCAUGCCUCUGAAGCUUCGGCCUGAUAAGAAACUCACUUAUCUGCAAGUUCUUGUGAACCGCUCCAUGAAGCCAUGAGGACGCCAGCAGCAGCUGUGCCACCUGAAAAUGGUUCAGUCCGAAGACCUGAAGCUGAACAAGCACGGCCUUUUUGCAUCAGAAGAACCUGCUCCAUGAUGUACAAAUCUCAAGAAUCUCGCUCUUUCACAUUUCUAUUCUAAUAUGUGAAAGUCUUGCUGUCAUAUAAAUCCAGCCAGGCACAAAUUAUGAAUUUCUCCUUCUUGAUCAAGCUUCAAACGACUAGCAUUUCCGUGUUUUGAGAAGGUCACUGCCAAGUCUGAUUCCCGGAUUGGCCAAAGUUCAACUGGUUUAAUUUUGAAGGCUUGUUCAAAGGCUGCAUGUUUUGUACGUAGAGCCUGAAAACGUACUUACAAACUUCCGUCGCAAGACAUGAAUGAAAGAACUUUGAAAUUGGAUGCCCAAAAUGGUCAUAUACUCACGUUUACAUAGACUUUUCAUAGGAAGUGGCUGCUUGGACACCUAUUUCCGAGUUUGGUGUGAAUGUUCCAUUAACGUAGUUGUGCUCUAACGGCUGCUUCAGCAGUCUUCCUCACAUCACCCUCAUCUUAAACUUUAUCGCACUAUCUGCACUCCUCCACUUUAGAGUGGUUCUCCUAUUGUUCAGCAGGCCUGACAGACAAAAACAUAUUUAGAUGUAGGGGCAGGGGUCCGUUGCUGUGCAGAAAUUAAAUGUGUUUUUCUGCUUUGUAAAUGUUUUCUUUUUCUCAGUGAUCAUGAAAAGCCCAUGUCAUUUUAACACGUUUCGAAAAAAAAGUGUCAUGUUUAGUGAUCGUCUUUUGGACCUGGUUCUUCUCUUUUUAUGUUUUAUAAACUUUAUGUGAUUCUUAUUUAGCUUUUUUGUUAAAUUUUGUAAAAAUUCUAGUGUUUCUGUAUCAAAAAAUAAAAAAACUGAGCCGGCCUGCAAGUGUUGAAGCCUAAUUGAAACUAUUAAUUUUUUAAUGCGCAUUUACAAAAGAAAAGUUUGAGUUUGGUGGGGUUUUUUUUUUAGGUUUUUCCCAUUUCAUUAAAUCUAUGUGUAAUAUGCUCCCUCCCCUCAGCAACACACCCGCUGAACCGUCAACUCUGGUCAUUGGCUCUUCUCUAGUUAGACACGUGGAGCUCCCUGCGGCUACAGUUAGGUGUUUUCCGGGGGCCAGAGUUGGCGACAUUGAGGGAAACAUUAGUGUUGUGUUGUUCAAAUCAACAGUCUUUUAGUUCAGUUUUAUCUUGCGUUAUUUGACACAUUUGUUUCAAUCUCCCAGCCAGCUCACCUCCUUUUCUUCUCCUUCUCUUGCUCUCUCUGUGUCUGUCUCGCAAUAUUUCAGGAACUUUGACUAUACUACAUUUUCCUAUAAUAAACAAAUCACGCUGUUGUCAAACUAAAACAAAAAUACUUUUUCAAAUACCGUUGUAAUAAAUCUUGUCAAUAAAU